AUGUUCGUGAUAACGUUUUAUAUAUUAUCCCCAAUGCCUAUUCUGAUUGCUCAGCGAUACCAAGAUGAUAUGGGUGGUACAUCUGCUUGCACUGAAUUAGCAUAUUUCGCUACAACAGGAAUCGUUGUAUCGGCUUUUGCUUUACCAAUGGUGUUAGCGCAUGCUGGAGUGAUAAGAUGGAUGGCAUGUGCUUUUGCAAAUUUGGGAUCUGUGGUUAUGUUUGUUACUGUUUUGUGCUAUUUUUACCUUCAUCGAGAGGAUGAAAGUGGAAGUACUUGGAACCAACCGUUAUUCUGA